CUGUUAUCAGUCCCGCAAAAAGGGUGCAUUUUCUCAGCGCGUUUAACAUUAAUAAUAAUAGUAACGGUGUCGCCACCGUUCAUUGGCCGCCAGGUUUGUUUUUAUUUACGUUGUAUUCUGCGAAGACACGAUCAGGUUUUGCAAUAGUGGUGGUGGCCCCUUGAUGUACCCCCCUGCUGGAUGCCUCCCGAUUGUUAUCGAAAUCACCUUCCGUACUGCACGCUUUCCAAAAGCCGAACCGUCGCGAUCGCGAACGAUUCGAGCCGAGUGAAGGUAGCCCUGCCACGUAAUUGCGGAUCAAUAAACAAAUCUGUGGUGCCCGUAUAAUACAAGUAUUUAACGCCAAAUUAUUGAAAUAAUUGUGAUAUUUAGUAUUCUCAUUUGUUCGUGUGAUAAAUCACCAACUUUUCAACUGUGAACGCGUUACAGUUUAGUGCGUAUUUAUUGGAUAAUAAUUCGAUAUGACUUGGGUGAUGUUUCUCAAGCGUUCUCAUGCUCCCCUCUACCAACUUGGCUAGUUGUUCCACGGGCGUCCAUAUUUGUGUAUCUCUGGCUGGCCAGACUGAUAUGGAGCACUAGUGACGAUGCGCGCCCCCACCCCCUCCGAGCCGAAGUCUACAUUUCCUACCUACCAAGUGCCUCAAGUGUCAGCCAUGAGGGGCAGCGCACCCCCAGUACAAGUCGCUCGGGCAGCUUGGGGGGGUCGAGCCGACCCCCCGAGCCAACCCAUCGCCGCUAAAGGCGCCACAUCUGUGAUAAACGGCUCAAGUUGCCGUUUAAACGGCAACUCUAAUAUUAGAAUGCAAUCUGUGACCGAAAACUGUCUUCUGAACUCUGUUACCGUACCAAAAAUACAACGUAAAGACCACUGCAAGGUCGCCCACAAUAAUAGCGAUAAGUUAGUAUGUAAGUUUGGUGCUUUACCCCUCGGACGAGACAUUCCCAACCAAAAGUCUGAUGACCUCGAAGUACUCGACCUCAAUGCACUGAAGAACCUCACUAGCUGCGAUAACAACGACGAACACUGCGACGACGACGAAAUGUGCCGUGAGCCCCACGUUCAGCGCACAAGCGAUAAUCAUACGCCGCCUCUGAGAUUAAGAGGCGGUGGCGAAAGUUCGCUCAGCACCGGCACUUCUGGCUGGGGCACCCCACCCUCACAACAGGCCAGUAAUAAUAACGCUAACACUUCGAGCGGCUGGGGAACAGCCAAUCCCGCUAAUCAAAACAAUACAGGCACUCAGCAAUGGAACAAUAACGCUAAUCGACCACCGACCUCAAGCCAGGGACCUACGCAAGAUGCCAACAAGGCCAAUUCUAACCUGAAUUCGAAUGGACAACAACAAACACCCGCCUCACAACCAAACAAUUCCAGUUGGGGUCAACCAGGUGCAAAACCACCAACAACCAACAAUGGACCCCAACCUACAACUUCGACAUCUUCAGCUAAACCACCCAAUCCCACCGCCCAACCCAACACGACCACUUCAACCAAACAACAACUUGAACAACUCAACAACAUGAGAGAAGCCAUCUUCAGCCAAGACGGUUGGGGAGGCCAACAUGUGAAUCAAGACACGAACUGGGACAUCCCCGGCAGUCCCGAACCCUCGAUGAAGAUGGACGGUUCAGCUCCACCUCCUUGGAAGCCAGCAAUCAACAACGGCACCGAACUAUGGGAAGCCAAUUUGCGUAACGGCGGUCAGCCGCCUCCACAGCCCCAACAGAAAACCCCAUGGGGUCACACCCCCUCGACCAACAUUGGCGGUACCUGGGGCGAAGACGACGACGCCGACAGUUCAAACGUAUGGACCGGUGUCCCCUCAGGCCAGCAACAAUGGGGCAAUACUGCCAAUAGUGGCGGUAUGUGGGGCGGUCCGAAAAAAGAGUCCGAAUGGGGCGCAGCGGCUGGAAACCCUGGCUGGGGCGAUCCGCGCACUGCCACCGAUCCACGUGCAACUGGAGGCAUUGAUCCGCGCGAUAUGCGUCCAGAUUUGCGAGAUAUGCGAGCCGGAAGUUCGGAUCCGAUGCGUUUGUUAGAUCCGAGAGAACAAAUGAGACUGGCUGGAAGUGAUAUGAGAGGCGAUCCGAGAGGAAUCACCGGAAGACUGAAUGGUGCUGGAGCCGCUGAUGCGUUCUGGGGACAAGCGGGACCGCAUACAGGGACACAACAUAUUCAUCAUCAGAAUAAAAUGCCGGUGGGACCUGGAAAUGGGGCCGGAUGGGAAGAACCAUCGCCGCCGACACAAAGACGUAAUAUGCCCAAUUAUGAUGACGGUACUUCGCUCUGGGGCAACCCUCAGCAAGGCUCUCACUGGAAAGAUCUGCCCACAGGGGCAAGUAUGGGACGCGGUAGCACCGCUGGUCCACCUGGAAUGGCUCAGUCCCGUAUAAAACCAGACGGUUCAGUGUGGUGUCAUGGGCGAAAUGGUUCAUGGGACGAAACCGGACCGGGAUGGGACGAAUCCGUGGGCGGUUGGAACAAACAGAAAAUGGCCGGGACCCAUCUAUGGGGCGACAACGAAAUCGACUGGGGCCACAACAAAGGACCCAAGCAAAAUCUCACGAAAGAAAUGAUCUGGAACUCUAAGUGUUUCCGAAUGUUGAUGGAUAUGGGCUACAAAAAAGAGGACGUCGAGACGGCGCUUCGCCGCGGCGACAUGAACUACGAAGACGCUCUUGAAAUCCUGGGUUCGCGUAAUCCGGACGGCUGGCGAAACCGCCACGACGACCACUACGACCAUCAGCAGUUCCCGGGUCAGCGUUUCCCGUCUGGACCCCCAGGCCAAAUGUCGUUCCCGCAGGGCAACAACGCCCCGAACCUCCUCAAUAACAUGAACAGUUCAGGUGGGCCAAAUAAUUCACUCAUUAAUAACAUCUCGCCUGCUGGAGUACACAAAAUGUUGACACAAGGCGGCGGCGGUUCGCAAGGUUUUGGUGCUGUUUCGGCGGCCGGACGCAAUCUUCAACCCCAAUCGCAACCCUCAACUCAACAAUUACGAAUGCUCGUACAACAAAUACAGAUGGCCGUGCAAGCUGGUUAUCUUAAUCAUCAAAUUCUCAAUCAACCGUUGGCACCGCAAACUUUGAUUCUCUUGAAUCAAUUGUUGCAACAGAUUAAGACACUUCAACAGUUGAUGACACAACAGUCGGUUGCACAGUCGCAAUGCAUCAACGGGAAGCCGAACAGUGCACUCUUGCAGUGUUCGGUGUUGAUUACGAAGACUAAACAACAGAUUACGAAUUUGCAAAAUCAGAUUGCUGCACAACAAGCCAUCUAUGUCAAACAACAAAACCAUGGAAGUAUCGGUGGGGGACAGUCGGAUUUGUUCAAGACGGCUGCACCGAUGCAUGACUCGAUUAAUGCCCUACAGAGCAAUUUCGCCGAUUUGGGGAUUAAGGAUCAAGUGAAUCAGAGUCAAUCGAGGCUUAACCAAUGGAUCAAUAAGGAUAAAGAAGAAGGUGGAGAGUUUAGUCGUGCCCCAGGUUCAUCGUCAAAACCUUUGGCUACCUCACCUAACAUGAAUCCACUAGGGUUGACCCAACCCGAUGGUCCUUGGUCUAGCGGCCGAACUGGCGACGGUGGUUGGCCAGAAUCCGGCGGCGGCGAUUCAUCAAACGAUGGUAAAGACGCACAGUGGCCUACGCCUACUCAACCAUCCUUGUCUGAUUUAGUACCUGAAUUUGAACCUGGAAAGCCCUGGAAGGGUAAUCAAAUAAAAUCGAUCGAAGACGAUCCCAGUAUUACUCCCGGUUCAGUAGUGCGUUCGUCACUCUCAAUCGCCACCAUAAAAGACACCGAACUGUUCCAAAUGAAUCCGAAUAACAAGAGCCCCCCGGCCGGCGACACAAUCCAGCCUUUAAGUCUCAGCUCGUCGACUUGGAGUUUCAAUCCGCCGUCGUCGACAUCGAGCGCGUUCACUAGUCCUCAGAAUAAGUUGCCGUCAUCGAAGAGUGGUCUAGGUGAGUUGAAUCCGACCACAGCUGUCACGUCCGAAUUAUGGGCGGCUCCGAAAAGUCGCGGCCCGCCACCAGGUCUGUCCGCCAAAGGUGGAGCCCUGGUCAAUGGCUGGUCGUCGGCGGCGUCGUGGGGCGGCGGCCAACGGGGCUCUGGAAGUUGGGGCGGGUCUCCGUGGCUUCUCCUGCGCAAUUUGACCGCUCAGAUUGACGGGUCGACUCUACGCACACUGUGUAUGCAACACGGCCCAUUGCAAAGUUUCCACCUUUACCUGCAUCAAGGUUUCGCUCUUGCCAAAUACUCGACACGUGAAGAAGCUACUAAAGCUCAAACUGCCUUAAACAAUUGCGUGCUCGGUAAUACGACGAUUUUGGCGGAGAAUCCGUCAGAAUGGGACGCCAAUGCUCUGCUGCAACAAGUUGCAAGUCAACAGAGUUCAUCGGGAGCGUGGAGAGGUUCCACCAAGCAGCCCAGUACAGGGAGCGACACCUGGAGUACUGGCUGGUCAAACAGUCAAUCAUCAGCUAGUCUAUGGGGUAGCACCACCUUGGAUACGACUGAUCCGGCACGUGCUACACCCUCGAGCCUAAACUCGUUUCUUCCCGGCGACCUCCUCGGCGGUGAGUCAAUGUAAACAAAAUACAAAAAAAAAAAAACGACUGACACUGACUUCACACAUUAUAUUGGGUGUUGAUGAUGUAAGUUUUAAACGUUUUUAACUUGAUUGAUUUUUGUAAGAUGUCGGAAAACACGAAUUGUAUUAUUCCACCUUUAUUGUUAUUUAAUGUAAUUUUUAAUUUUUACGACGGUUGUUGUUUUUAGGAUUGCUUUAUGAUUUAAUGAGUUUCACAGAUGUACACAAGGACCGGUCGUGAAUACCUUUUGUUUUAUCUUAAAAUUGAAAUUAAAUGAGAGUUGCCAUUUUUUAUUAUUUAUUUAUUAUUUAAUUGAGAAGAAGUGGAGUAAUUGUGUAUGUUUGUGAUGCAAGAAUUGUUUGUAAAAGAGAAUUAUUAGCAAAUAAAGUAUUAAAAUUUGGAGAAAAAUUGCAAAAAAAUACGUCAACACUUGUUACUUAAAUUAAUCGUAACAUUAUUCCAAUUGUGACUGUGAGGCGGCGUUUUCUUGUUUUCCACUGAUGGCGCUCAAGUUUCUAAACGCACUUAAUGUGACAUUUCAUUUUUAGACGUAACCCGAACUAGUCCCGAGCAAGGUUAAUUAUAUAUAUAUGAGAAAAAAGAUAAUAUAUAUGUACGCGACCAAACUCAUUAUUCGUGUAUUUAAAAACAAAAAUUAAAAGAAGAUUGAAUUAUUUAAGGUGUACUGUAUGUAUUUGAUUUGUUCUCUCACAUUUAGAUAUUUUUUUCCUAUAUUAUUAACUAUUGUAUAUUAAUGUUGUUUUUAAUAAUUUAACGUACCUAAGUUGUUUGUAUGUGUUUGUUUCCCAGUGUGGUAUGUCCGUUCUUUACACAGGUCUUGGCGUGUGGCAUUUGUUUUCCGGUCAUCUCAAUUAACGAUCAAUUGGUGUGAGAGUAAGAUGUGUGUAAAGAAGGUGCUGUUAAUUUGUUAACCCCACAAAACCUGUGAUCUCCAAUUCCUUAUAUCAAAAAUACACAUACAAAUUAAUCAUUUAUGUAAUAUUGUUAUGAAUUAAGCCGGUCGUGAAUAGACCGUAAGCUGAAAUAACACCACACAAUCAGUUCUUAGACUGCACGCUAUAAGUAUUCUUAAAUAAAUUUAGUAAUAAACACAAUAUAAUAAUAGCGGAUAAUAUAUAUCGUUCUAAUUAUAAAGUUUAUUAUAUACCUAUAUAUUACUGUAUUCUGUGUACUGUAUGUAUGUUAGCCAUAGACUUGGAUAUGUUGUAAUAUUAGUCCAUUUACUGUGAUUUUUUUGUUUCGGAUCGGUCAUCCGAACGGUCGCUCGUGGGAAGCGCCACCAUUCGGAGCCAAAAUGAAACAUGUUCAAUCACAUAUUGUGUUAACGUGGUGUUCAUGAGAUAUUGAUUCAUCUAUAGCUAACAGUAUGAAUGGUGAGGGAUGAGCCAUUCUGAGUCUAGAGACGGCAGUGGCGCCCUCUCUCCGACCUUUGCGCCAUCAAAAUUUCGACUCACAUUCUAGUCCGACUUUUUUAUUUAUAAUGAACGUAUUAUUGUCCAGCAAUGUUACCUUAAAUUAAACAAAAGAGAAGACUGAACAAACAAAAAAUCAUUUAAGAUCUUUGAUGACAAGUGCAUUUAUUUAGUGGACGUGGUGAUAAGAGGGCGCUACUGUCAGUGCUCAAAUCUCUGAUAUACUUCACUUAAAUUGCUCCAAACACCGGAAUGUUUCGGGUUAGCUCGGAACGUCUCGGCAUGGUUCACUUUAGAUAUCUUUACAGGUUCGAUGCAUUGACUAACAUAUGUUUUUUAUGUACACAACUGUGCUGUGACUCUUAAGUGGCUUUUUAAUUUUUAAAAAUAAUUGAAAAAACCCAAAAAAAAAUCGUUUUGUUCGAGAAAGCUUCGGUUAGCUUUUAAACGGUUGUUUAUCAUUGAUCAAGUCGGUCAUGUCCCGGUUUUAUUCGAUUCGAUUAAACUAAGUCAUAUCGUAAACAAUAAUUACUGAGAAAUGCAGGAUCAAUUAAGUCAGGGUUUUAAUUUCGUUGUUGGGUUUUUGGUGGGGAUCGGGGUGACUUGAUAAAUGGUUGAUGACUAGAUAAAUGGUGCAAAAAUUGGGCUACUUUUCGGGAGGUGCGAUUUCACUUGCUUUAAUUUAUAUAAAACUUGAGAAAUGAAAAGACGCUUUAUUUGGACCUCUCGGACGAGCCUAUACGUUGUAAGUUCCAAUAGAAUUUCUAAAAAAUCUAGUAUCUUAUUGCCAAUUUAGUAUAAUGAAUGUAUUAGAAGUUAGGUAUUACGAUAUUAAUUAGAAUUAAGAGUUUGGUAGUAGGGUAUUCUUUCAUGUUGUGUAUUAUAAAUAUUUGACAACCGACUCUGAAUGUUACAGACAGGAGAAUUUUUCGCAACAGUCGUUAAAUAAUGUACCCCUUUCUCCUCGACGACAGAAACUUUUUUUUAACCUAGGUGUGUAAAAAUCUGAACCGAAAUGCCAUAAAUCAAGUCAGAAUAUGAACGGCAAUGAUGGUGGUACAAGUCAACUAAAUUAGACUAAAGUAAUACUUAUAGUAUAAUAAUGUACCAAAAGCUAUAGAGAAUUGUUUUUAUUUUUAUUUAACCAGUUGAAUAGGGUAUUUUUGAAUAAACGUAGGCGUAAGUUUUAAAAAAUUUUGGAAAAAACGGCAAAAAAAUAACGCCCGAGUCGUAUUGUGAUUUACUUACUUUAUAUCGAGUGUGCAUUAACGCGAACCGCGCCAGCGGUUUUUUCAAAUAUUCUAUGUCUGAUAUUGUGUACCUUCAGAAAAGUAGUUUUAGUGUUGUUUAUUUAAUACAUGAAAAAAAAAACAAAAAAAUACAUAGGUUAAGCUCAGCUUAAGGUCAUACGGUAGACUAGGUUUCUGCACAAUAACAUGAACUAACCUGUGGCCAUUCAGGCUGUCACGUGACCGGAAUUUUCGGAUUCAACCAAAUUGACACACAUACACACACACACACGGAUCUACUUACAUGUAAAACGCCAAUCGAAAAAUUGAAUCACUCACAAACAAAACAACAAAAAUGUGUAGAAGGAAAGAAGUAUUUGAUUUAGGUUUACAGUAUUUGUGAUCAAAGUGCCACUUGUGUUUCAAGUAUAUAUUUAAUCAUUGUCGCCACUGAAACUAUAUAUCUUAUAUAUUAAUUAAAGAAUAUAUUAUAUGAACAUUAUAUGGUAAAAACAUAGUCGGCAUAUCUGCCUUAGUGUAGGGUAAAUUUUUUGGUGUUCGGUAGCUGUAAGGAUGUUUAUUGAGCUUAAUAAUUCCCGGAUCGGGGCGGUUAUAACCGGAGUUCAAUUAUCAUUUCGCACCGCCCGGAUCGACGAAAAAGAACCGGAAAAUUGAGGCGUUGGCAAUAUAUAAACAUAUAUUAUAGUAACGUUUUAUCCAGGUGGCUGUUUGUUAUUAAUUGUGUAUUUAUUAAGACUUACGAAAUGCCAAAGUUUUAUUGUAAUGUGUCGAUGCAAAAUUUGGAAUGUUUCUCCCCUUUUAACGCUCGCAAGUUACUACACUACUAACAACGACUUGUGAGUUUUUGUUUGAGCCAUAUCAAUAACAUAUGAAAAGAAAAAAAUGCCAACGUGAUGAGACAUUGUAACAAAUUUAGUUUCGACGAUGACAUUCCUCUAUUGCAACAUUCACAAGGUCACACGAAGUCUGCCAAAAGAAGAAAAUAUUUUUGAAAACACAAAUCGGCAAUAAAAUAGUCAAAAUUUUCAAAUAUGAUGGCCAGUAUCUUGUUGUUGAAUCACACGUAAUGUUCAUCACGCUUUCGCUUGUAGGUAUCAUAUAGUCGCGAUGUUCACCAUAUUUGAUAAUACCAAACGAUGUGCCUCUUUGACUUAUUGUUAUUUAUACACGACGAGCACGUGACCUGCCCGGUCUCGAAUUUUUCCCGUAAAAAUUCGUAUAAAUGUCUUAACAGACCUGAGCUUCAAUAAUAAUAAUAAUUGUGAACGAAACAAAGGUAUUCGGGCGAUUUGAAGCGUGGUCGUUGCGUGAUUGCGCCCGGUGUCAGGAGUAACAAUCGCCGAUCAGGCGAACAAAAAAAUAAAACAAUUAAAUGUCUGAUCUAAGUCGUAAUGGUUGGUGGGUAUAGAUAAGUUAGUUUACUUAAACAACGUUACUUAAGCGUAGACAAGGCAGCAUUUAGUCAAUAACUUAGUAUUACAUUAUAGUUGUGGCGUCACAACGUGCAAUACUUUUCCUUUUCCAAGUAUUAUUUUACCGUACGCUUUCGUUUCUAGUGGAUAUGUUAUUUUUUUAUUUAAGUGCAGUCUCUCGAUCGGAUACUCGUUUUGUUUGUUUGUUUGUUUGUUUAACUUUGCUGCACGCAUCUUGCCAUCCCGUUGAUGAUUAUUUCACUGAAUACCAAAGACGUCGAGUGUCAUAUUGUCAUAUUUAAAUUUCUUUCGUCUAGAAUUUCCGCCAAAAUCUUCCAGCUAAGGUUGUGAUAGUGUCGUAGUGCUUUUUAUUUUUAUUUAGUAGUUAGGUACCUUGACCCGAUCGCGACUUUUGUUUUUAUGAUAGGAGCCAAAUUAGCGUUAGCACAAACUCUACAAGUGCCUAUUAAUGUGCAAUUGAUCUUGGGCCUGACUUUUCGACAGGGUUUUACUAAUUAUAGGGCGAUUCGACGAUUGUGUACAUUUCCAAUUUCAAAGGUCAUAGCCCCACUGUACAAAUUCACGCAGAAUAGUAAAACAAUUAGCCCUACUAUUGAAAUGAAGUUGAAGUUACAUAAUGUGUUUUUUGAUUGUUUGCAUAAAAUCGAUAUCGAUGUCUGGUGUGACCUGCGCAAGCGUUUCGGUCGGCUGUCGGGACGGAGUGAGUUAAGCUUGAACUGUACUCGGCUCACCGGCUCAAUUUUUAACAAAAAUUAUACACAAAACCGUUUUUUUGUUCCUAGGCUCACUUAUUACCUCCAGAUCAGUUCUUAUCUCGAUUUAAAUAUUUGUAACCAAGUUAUAACAGGGUAAACAGCGUAAUAAUCUUAAUGGCAUGAAAAAAAUAUAGUAUUAACUAAGUCAUAUACAAGAAAUCAAAAAAACAUUAAUGAAUAAAUAAAAUGGCUAAAAAUUGAGUUUUUUUUACUAACAAAUUUUUUCAAAUUUCUGUAAAUUAGUAUAUUAAUAGAACAAAUUAAAUCGACUUUUUAACCCGUCUAAACUCGGUUACAAAUACUUGAAAUGAAAUACAGCUGACCUGUGAGGUAGUGAGUGAAUUUAGGAAGAAUGUACAAUUGCAAAGAGAGCAUUUUGUUGGUUACUUUUGUUAAAAAUCCAAUUUUGCGGACGUUCUGAGUACAGUUCAGGCUUAAGUACGUUUGUGAGGGUCGUGCGGGACCUCGACUGUUAUUUAGUUGACGAUCUCGGUGAGAGAUUAAGCUAGCUGGAACUGCCAACUGUAAAAAGAUAAUGAACUUAUGUAUGUCCUAUUUAAUCAGAGUUUUACUCGUACGUAGGUUAAUAAUGUAACAUAUGCUGUGUUGAGCUACUAAUCGACGACACGGGGGUGCCCGAGCACGCCGACGGUGAGUCGCCUGGUGUGCGCUAGGUGUAGGUAGUUGUGGGGUAGUAGAUGAUCGUUAGGCCCUCUUUCUCAGGUUUAGAAUAUCGUCAGUUUUUCCUAGGCUAUAGUGAACGUACUGUUAAGCAAAUGUACAUUCCUUUGGUUCCAAAUUGUCUAAAUUUCGCGCAACUUAGUUUGGUUGCGUUUCGGAUCGAUUUGUAUGAAGAAUCAAAAAAACGAUUUGCCUUAACAAUGACAAAAGUGUGCUCUCUGUCUAGUUUUAAUUGUUUCGUUUUUCUAGAUGUAGAUAGGUUAGGGUAUCGGGUUAGCCAUUCGAUGGCCAGAAGACUGUAGGAAUACCAGGUGAUUAAAGCGGCCCUCGGGCCGCUUUAACGUUCGAAAAUUAACUUAAGACUUUUGCACAGGUUAAGUAUCAAUUUUGAGAGAACACUCGGUCCAUAUUCAAAAGGUGCUCUUACUGUUAUAGCUUUAUUUCGUGUGUGAAUCUCCCUGCAAUAGCCGUUUGUCACAGGAACGAUACAAAAUUCUCGGUUUGAUCAAUCCGUACCAAAAACGACCCAAAUUUUACUUGAAACGUGCCAAAAUUUUGCUUAGAACUUUGCUCACGGCGGUCGCUUCGCGAACCGUAUACGCUUACCUGCUGUGUAUAUUAACUUAUAUUAAAAGAAAAUGAAUGCAAUAUAUAGUGUGUAUAUAUUGGCUGAAAAACUGUACAAUUGUUAUAAUUUCAUAGUAUAUAAUGAAUUACUUAAUUAUAGGCUUAGGAAAUGUGUUAUUAUAUAUCUAAGUAACAUAGUAUUACGGAUUUGUAAAAAACGAAAAUGGCCGCUCGCCGGUUCUUGCUCCUGACACCACCAACGCGUGGCGACGACGUUCGUUUGUUUUUCGUUUCGAUUUUUUUUUCUCACUUAGGUUAGGUAAUGGGUAUCGGUUAAGACUACGAUUAAGUGUGUUCAUUUUUAGUUAAUCUCAAAUUGUCGUUUCCGUUUCGAUUCAAUCUUGCGUUACCAAAUAGCAUCACAUGACGAUUUCGAUUGAUUUAGAGAAAAUAAUGGCCUAAACAAGUUCCCUCCUCUAAACUUCUAGUCCAACAUAAUGCCUGAACAGUUAUUCCAUUCUUGUAGCAUUUUUUAUGAUAAUUUAUUAUGUAAUGUUGAGUUUGUUGUUGAAAGUAGUGCAAGUUUCGUGAGAUAUUUGAACAAUCACAAAGUACUAAUAGCAAUCGUUGAGCGUGUUAUGAUUUGGCGUUAUUAGAUUAAUUGAUGAAUAUGAAAGCCUUCCAAUCUUCCAAGAGUGCAAGAGAGUUCCUUUAUUUUUAGCGACUCGCUUCGACGACUGAGUCUUUAACAAAACGUAUACCUGCACCUUAUUAUGGUUGUGUUAUUUAAAGUAGAUGAUUUAUUUUUGUUCUGUAAGAGCUGUAAUUAGUGCUAAGGUAGUAGUUAUCGAAUAAGGCAAUAUUUGAAUUUAUUUUUCUGUUGACCGUUUGAAAAUAUGUGAUAUGCUGACAAUUUUAUGAUACAAAUUAUCGCAUCUGAGGUACCUUAUCUAACAUCACUAUCGUUCGUAGUAGAAGAAAUUAAAGAGCAAACGUAUUCUCGUUGUAACACUCAUCGGGCGGCAACGAUGUACAUCCUCAUCGUCGCUGUACAAAUCGACACUAUAGGCUUAACGCGUCUUUCAGACAUUUAUAACGGUCUUUUAUCCAUUUAAAAUUCGGACAACGGUAGUUGUGCGGUCGGCUGGGUCUGAUCUGAUUAACUUCUUCGUAAGACAAGGAGAAACGAAAAACGUGUGAAUCUCUAACAAGUCGACAUUAGUUUCAUGUCCGAUAUUGGGAGGGUAAACUCAGGGACCAGGCCAAAAUGUCACGGUGAUAUCAAAUAAACUUAGACAAAAUUAAGAAAAUCAAAUCUGAUGUGUACUACACCCCCAAAUAAUAACGUAUAAUACAUUUCAAUAAGAUAAUUAUUUAAUAAGAACUCAAUUGUAUGUUGUAGGAAGAAAAAUUUGAAAAAAAAACUGUAUAAACGUUACUAAAAACGACAAAAAAAGUCAUAAACCCGACUGCACUGUUUCUUUAUGAUGUAUAUUAUUCUAAAUUUUGAUGGUUAUUUUGAUGCCUAUACGAGUCCAAUCAUGUGUCUACCACAAAACUAUGCAGUGCAGCAGGGCACCUAGGUUAAGUUAGGUUAUGUAAGUGCUUUUAAACAACUUACAAGUUGUUAUGCUCUGUACUUGUAACCCAAUUGACCAGUAUGCAUUCAGUAAUAAAGGUUGUCUUAAAUGUA